ACAUCUUCUUUUCUCUUCUCUUCCCACCCUCUCCAGCUUCUUCUCUUGAGCUCAUAGCUGGCUCGGAGAACGGUAAACUGGAAGUGGAAUCAAAGCAAAAGAAGCUUAGGUCAUUCAAUGGUCUCUCCCCAUCCUUCCCAAGCCAUGACCAAGGCUCGAUCAUAAGUCUUACCUUUCAUCCUUUACCUUCCUCUCUACCCCAUUGUAAUAAAUUCACUUGGUUACUUACUUAUUACUACAUUAUCCACUUUCACCGGAUUAUUCAAUCUCUUUUUCAGACGAAACGCUUUUCAAUUCACAUACAUUUAUCUUUGAUCUUGUGAUCUUAAUCACAAUCAUUUGUACAUUAUUACUACAAUUCUGACCUCCUGAAGACAAGCCUUCCUUCCACCCCACGUUUUACGCCUCAUAUGUGCAGUUAUUGGUGCAAAUACUCUAUGGAAUCAGCGAACCAUCUCACUUCCACUCUUUAGGCUUGCUUUUUGCAGAUGAAGAGCAUUUCUGCUAGAAAAUCUUUCAAAUUCGAUCAAACAAUUAUGCGCAUGAGCACAACUUAAAAUAAUUAGAUAAUACUUUUGGGAUCGUCAGUCGCGCUGCGCGAACUGUGGAAGGGAAAGGGCAAGGUCGAACAACCACCGACGAGCUCGGAAUACCUGAAAUAUGGCUUCAAUAAUUCGAAUGCUGUCGCCUGCUGUUAGUUAAUUCUUUCCUCCCAUAUUUACGGUGUGGAGAAGGUUCGGCAUCUGCUAUAACCGCGGGGGAGGGCCGGCGCAGUUAAGUCCGAGGAGGUUCUGGAUGCUAUCAUUUACUGACAAUUGGAUCUUGGAUAGACGGAUAGAAAUGGAAAUACAAGUCGGAAAGCUCAAGAUGUAGAGCCUGAACCGGAGAUCACUCCACUGGUGAAGAUGCUACAGAAUGCAGGGCCUAUACGGCCGGACGGAAGUGAUAAAUUCUUUGGUUUAGAAAAUGUACCUCUUCCCCAAAUUUACUUCCCAUUGGUUUAUGCUAACUUGUUGAAAUUAGUUCGGAAAUACAUGGUUCGUUUCUUGUACUUGGUUUCGUCUCGAUAAUGCUAACAUAUUUCAGUUAUGCCAAUUCGAUUUUACAGGCGUUAUACUAUUCGGUUCCUUUUAGAGAAAAUGUUGUCAAAUACCCACCGCAUUCUCCUUCUGAUACCCCAAAUGGUCAACUACUCAAAUUAAUUGUUCCAACAAGAGCUCCACAACCCAAUGGAGUGGCAUUAUCAACUGCCAAACCCAAAGGCAUAUCAGCUGCUGAAGCCCUGAAAAGGAGACAAGCUAUGAAUUCCGGUCAACCUGGACCCGGUGUACCAGGAACUCGGCCUGAAGACAAACCCGAUUCACCCGAAUAUAAGAAGAAACAUGCAAUGAUGGCAGGCCCGAUAUUAGAAAUUACGACGGAACAUGCGAGCUCAUAUGGCAUGGAAGAAACGACUUUUACAGCCUUGAAGGAUAUCUUUACGGCCAUGAUAUCACACCCCUCUCGGACGGGUGUUGUCAGCCCGCAAAGGUUCUUGGAAGUUUUCAGGAGAGACAAUGAGAUGUUCCGAACAUCGAUGCACCAAGAUGCUCACGAAUUUUAUGGACUGAUGCUCAACGCAGUUAUCAAUAAUGUUGAGGAUAAUGCUCGACACCUGCGGGAUUCGGUAGCGCCUCAAGACAAGGGAGGCAUUAAUGAUUCAAUGACAGCUGCCGUUCGAUCAGUUGCGGAUUCGAUGGGUUUGGCAAGCGGGGCGCAAUCUCCAGGGACCAAAUGGGUUCAUGAUAUAUUUGAGGGGAAAAUGGUCUCGGAAACGAAGUGCUUGACAUGUGAAACCACAUCACAGCGCGAUGAGACAUUCUUGGACCUUUCCAUCGAUUUAGAGAAAAAUUCUUCCGUCACAUCCUGUUUGCAAAAGUUUUCGGCGGAAGAAAUGCUAUGCGAGAAGAAUAAAUUCCAUUGCGAUACCUGUGGUGGUUUACAGGAAGCGGAAAAACGUAUGAAGAUCAAGACGUUACCGAAAGUAUUAGUGCUUCACCUUAAAAGGUUCAAGUGGACUGAUGACUUGACUCGGUUACAGAAGUUAUUCUAUACUGUCAACUACCCCUAUCAUUUACGCAUGUUCAAUACAACUGAUGAUGCGGAGGAUCCUGAUCGACUGUAUGAACUUUAUGCCGUGGUUGUACAUAUUGGCACAAAUGCUUUUCACGGACAUUACGUUGCGGUAAUCAAGACUGAAGAUAGAGGUUGGUUACUUUUUGAUGAUGAGAUGGUAGAGCCGGUAGAUAAAAGUUUCGUGCGACAAUUCUUUGGAGAUAAACCAGGACAGGCCUGUGCCUAUGUGUUGUUUUACCGGGAAACUACAGUGGAGGCAAUGCGAAAGGAUCAAGAAGCUGAAGGUCUCGAUCUAGUAGCUGCCGCUUCAGAAGUAGCAGAUAUUUCAUCGGGACAUCUACAGCAAAAUGGCACAUAUCUCUCUUCAAACUCAAAACAGGUUUUAGCAAUGCCUAGCACACCGAUUGAGACCGACACCAAUGGAUUUAGAUCUCUCGACCACGCAGUAACCGCACCUACCUUAAUUUCCUCUGUUGCAGGCAAUCCAGUACCUAGUCGAACCCCUACUUCACCUCUCGAGGCAUUUAAACCCAAAACUAAGGAAGAAAAAGAACGGGGAAAGAAAUUUGACAAAGAAGCGAAAAAGAAUCAAAAGGCAUUUGAGAAGGCCAAUGAGAAGAUUGCUGCGAAAGAGAGAAAAGCACAUGUAGCGGAAUUGAAAAAGACCAAUGCUUUCAGUAAACAAACGGGAACGGGGGAAAUGAAAAGACGACAAUCGAUAGCUACUACUGGUCAAAAGGAAAAUAAUGGGAAUGAGAAGAGUGAUAGUAAGGGCUUUGGUGGUUUAAGUCUGAGCAGGGGUCACAAAGGCAGUAAGAGUAUGAGUAGAAAGAGCUUAGGAUUUUUAAGUGGGAAGAACGGGGAGAAGGAAAAGGAAAAGGAGAAAGAGAAGAAUGGAGAGAAGAGUGGAGAGAAUAGCAAUAUACCCGGAUCAGGCAGUAGUACGAAUCUGAAUGCGGCAGUUGAAGGAACAUCGGGACCGCAAACACCGGAGAAACAUGAGAGGGUUAAGAAGGAAAGAUUUUCGUUUGGAGGCUUGGGUCGAAAGAAGAGUAGUUUGUGGAGUCCGGGUGGUGGAUAAUAGGAUGUAUCUAUCUGACAUUUUUGUAGGAGAGCAUGGGAAGAAUGAGAAGGGCAAGAGGAGUAAGGGAUCAGGAUCGGGAUCGAGGAUGUCAUGCUUUUCUUGAUGUUGAUCGAGAAAUGUUGAGACAUGUUGGAUGUGGUGCGAAUGCCAUUAAGGCUGGGGUAUGGUAUAGUAUGGCUAUUAGUGUGUGUGAACAUGUGAAUAUAUUGGGAUGCAUGGUUGAUAUCGAGUUUGUUUUAUUUAUCCUUUAUAUGCUUGCUUGCUUGCUUGCAUGCUCAUAUACAUGCAUGUAUGCAUAUGUUAUGGAAACGAAGGCAAGCAUGGGCAUGAAAGGGGUUAGGUUGUUCUUAUUAGGUGAAAUGGGGAUGGAUGGGCGGGCGGACGGACGGACGCGGA